CAAAAUUCGGCUUGGCUUCAGACCCUGCUAGUGUCGUUCAUUGAGGUCGGUGGCUUCCUCUGACCCUUCAAAUCUCCCCGGCUCUCCCCGUGGUUAAGACUUUUCUCCUAUAUGCAGGCGGGAUCAGUUGCGUCCCCAGAGCCUAGUUAGAGCUAGGCUAACUUUGCGGAGGGACUUUCUGUUAAUAGCAUAAAGAGUCACGGUUAGAUCUCUAAAAGAACUUAGGAAUUUGGGUCUUCGACGACUGCAAGCCACUUUUCCUCCUCUUUCCCGGGUCUCUUAUUAUCCCUAAUACAGGGACACACCAGGAAGACGGGAUGUUCUGGUCUAGCCUUCUCCGUGGUCUCAACACGUCCCUAAGUCGUGGCCUGGCCCUAGUUCCCCCGCUCUGGGCCACCCGCUCCAUGGCUACCCUGAACCAGAUGCACCGCCUGGGGCCCCCCAAGCGGCAGCCCCGGCGCCUGGGCCCCACGGAGGGCAGGCCGCAGCUGAAGGGCGUGGUCCUGCGCACGUUUGUCCGCAAGCCCAAGAAGCCCAACUCGGCCAACCGCAAGUGCUGUCGCGUGCGGCUCAGCACGGGCCAAGAGGCGGUCUGCUUCAUCCCCGGAGAGGGCCACUCCCUGCAGGAGCACCACGUGGUCCUCGUGAAGGGUGGCCGCACCCAGGACCUGCCCGGUGUCAAGCUCAAAGUUGUUCGGGGCAAGUACGACUGCGGCCACGUGCAGAAGAAGAAGUGACCGGUGGGCACGGGGCCCGGCUCCCAGCAGCAAAAGAACCUUCCUCUUCGGGCUCCAGCAGGGCCUAGGAAACCACCCUUCUUGCUCCGGGAGGCAGCAAACCUGAGCCUUGCCUCUUCCGUGAGGACCCCCCACGAGCUCACUGGGCUUCUGGAUGUGGACUAGAAAGAGCUCCCCCUGUUAAUCCCCUUGCGGUCAGGGUUCAGUGCUGGUGAGAGGGGCUUAUUCUGCAGCAUCAAGGUCUGCUGGGAAGGGAUUGUAAUAAACACAGAUCCCCAUGGUUGCCGUGUGACUCUCUGGAGU